AUGCACAAUGCCAUAGAUUCCAGUAUGAGAUCUUACGUCUAUCAUAUAACAUCGGCACCACAAGCAACAGUCGCCACACUGGCGACCUCCAGUCAGCUGGCAGGAAAUGCGGAGCCUCAACAACUAGAGGAGGAAGGUCAGAAUCAGGACGGACAUGGAGACAUGGAUGGAUCCCCAAUGGAGGAAGACGAAUUGGACAACCUACUGGAAGAUGCCGCGAGAAUCUUACAAGGUUCCUUAAUCGCAUCAGACGAAGACGACCAGAAUUCUUGGAGGCCGCCAAAAUCCAAAGGGAAAGGCAAAGAAGUCGAUGUGACAAGCGCGACAGAUUCCCGAGAAUCAUCACCAGCUCAGAAAUUUGGAUCAGUUAAUAACGGAAACUGGAACGAUCGAGUCGAAGACCUAUUUGCGAGAGGCCAUUACGCCAAAGCAGCCGCCAUCAUCGACUAUUUCGAAAAACACGGCAGCAGAAACCGAGAUACCCCAAACGGUGAGACUCCCGUGGCAAGUGGAAGUGGCCUCGCAAGAUCGAGACCUUAUAGCCUGAUCAAGGACGAAGUAUCCUGCAACUCAGAGAGCCUGGGAAGUGUCCCGUUAGCGAAGCGGAACAGAGUCGAAAUUCUAUCCCCUAGAGACUCUCAUCGACAUCAAGGAAAUCAGGUGACUUACUCCGCGAGACCAACUGCGAACGUUUGA